AAAAACGUAUCUAAUGUGUUCCCACAGGUAGACGCAACUGCCGCGCGCAAAAAUAAUGGUUUUAGUGUGGACUGUGCUGUGAAGUGAUUGCUAAAGGCAUAAUGUAAGAUAGUUAACUAUGUGUUCGGUAAAGUGGCUGCAGCUACUGGUGAUGCUGGCGGCCUGCUGGGCCCAGGAGGGGGAGUGGAGCGAGGAUGCCGAAGACCUGGUAUCCACGGUGGACGUGGACGCGGUGCUUGGUCGCACGGCGUCACUGCCGUGCGACGUCGCGCCGGAUGCCGCCGAAGACCGAGUGUACAUGGUGCUCUGGUUCCGAGCUGGCAAGGCUACAGGCGGGAAACCUAUAUACAGUUUCGACGUACGCGGCCGCUCCUUCAACAAGGCGCUGCAAUGGUCCGACCCGAACGCGUUCGGUCCCCGCGCGUACUUCGCGACGGUGGCGCGCCCGGCGGCACUCACGCUCGACACUGUACAACUGGACGAUGAAGGCAUAUAUCGCUGCCGUGUCGACUUCAAGAACUCACCAACGAGGAACUUCCAGAUACGGCUGUCUGUUAUUGUGCCGCCCCACCAGCUGAUUUUGUACGACAAGUCGGGCCGGGACGUGUCGGGCGUGGUCGGACCCUUGGAAGAGGGCAAUGAACUCGUUCUGGUCUGCGAAGUACGAGGAGGCCGUCCAGCCCCAACAGUCCUCUGGCUCAUCGAUGGAGCUCCAGCGCCUCAAUACAUCGGCGAGAAGACCGACACACACGUCGUAGUCAACCGGCUAGAACUGCCGCAUAUUAAACGCAGUCACCUCAACACGACGUUCAAGUGUCGAGCGUCAAACACUAACCUCGUCAGCCCGAAGGAAAGGACUGUUAGGCUUGAGAUGAAUCUGAAGCCGAUCCGCGUAGAAAUACAGAAUAAGCAAGUCACGCUGUCUUCAGAGCGGUACGUCAGUCUGAAAUGCGUGUCGGAAGGCAGCCGGCCCGCGGCGCAGCUCACUUGGUUUAAGGACAAUAGGAAGUUCACGAGAGGCAAUAAAGUAGAAGCCCAAAACGAGACGUGGGUGAGCAGUACAAUAGAGUUCAUGCCACUGCCCGAAGACGACGGGUCACAGCUCAAGUGCCAAGCCGACAACAGCGCGUUGCCGGGGCAGAGUAUAGAGGACUCUUUCAAGCUGGACGUCGUAUAUCCUCCGGUGGUGUCGCUGUCGCUCGGCAGCACGCUCAACCCCCACGACAUUAAGGAGGGCGAUGACGUCUACUUUGAGUGCUCCGUCCGCGCCAACCCUAGGGAGCAUAGGAUAUCCUGGUAUCAUAAUGACAAGCCAGUGGUCCACAACCUAACAUCAGGCGUGAUCGUGAGCACCAAAUCUCUGGUUCUGCAGAAGGUGACGCGCGACCACGGCGGCGACUACAACUGCCGUGCCGCCAACUCGCUCGGCGAGACGCCCAGCCAGCCCACGCAUCUUAGCAUACAGUAUGCCCCGGUAUGCGCCCACCCGUCACCGCAAGUACUAGGAGCGCAGAUGGAUGAAGCGUUGCGAGUGCGGUGUUCAGUCACCGCGAACCCGCCCGAUGUCACCUUCUUCUGGCAGUUCAACAACAGCGGCGAGAGCCUAGACGUGUCGCCUACCAAGUUUGGCACAGCCAACGGCAGCACGAGCGAGCUAAGUUACAAGCCGCAGAGCGAGCGCGACUACGGCACGCUCAGUUGCCGUGGCACCAACGGCGUUGGCAAGCAGAUUCACGCAUGUGUCUUCCAAAUUGUUCCUGCUGCGCGUCCCAGCGCGCCGCGCAACUGCUCGCUCCAAACGGGCAACAACAGCGCCGACGGCGGCUGGCUGCGCGUGCGCUGCGUGGCCGGCUAUGAUGGCGGACUCCCGCAGACUUUCCUAUUGGAGGCCUUGGACCCGCUCAGCGGCAGAGCCCGCUACAAUACUAGUAUUAAUGACACAGAUGGCCUGGUGACAUUCAACCUGGACCUAUCACAGUUGUCUUCCGGUGGCGAGAUGGAAGGCGCCACCUUCAACCUGCUCAUCUUCGCGAGGAACCUUAAAGGGGAGUCAGAAAAGACCUUGCUGGAGAAUAUAGCGUUCAACGAUGCUGCCAGGAGGACAGAUGGCAAAAGCGCGAUGGGUGGUGUCACUCUCGGCGUUGUCGUCGCCGCCGCGCUCGGCGCCGCACUAGCCAUCGGCGGGAUAGCCUUCGCGGCGCUCUGUGCGCGGCGACGGCGCGCCCGACCGCCGCACAAGCACCCUCCGGGCGACAUGUUGGAGCUGAGCGACGGCGGCCGGCGGUACGUGGUGGCGUACACCAUCAAACCGUCGCCCGAGCUGAAGACGCCGGAGCCGCAGCCGGACAUAUUGAAUGCACCAGAUCAGAUCUUUUUUCUAGAUUGUGAAAACCACGACGUCCCACCGACCGCAGACGAAGCGGACGAGUGGCCUAGCAUAAAAGAAGUCCGAGGAGAGUGGACCAAAGUGGGUGCAGUAUUUUCAGCAGAGGACUUAGCUCUUCUUGACAGCGCUGGACCCCCACAGCAGCUUACACCCGGCAGCGACAUGGUGCCGAGCAGUAGACAAGAAGACGUUCUAAACCAGAACCUAGCUCAAUCGGCGUUAGCUAAUAAUUUUAGGUCUAAUUUCGUAGUCACUAACAGCCCCACUCUUGGGAGCCCCAACUUUGUGUGCCCCAACGGCAAUGUAGGAUCGCCUUUUGGAAGUCAGACGCUGACCCUAAGUGGGCCUACUCUAAGCUCCAGUAGUCUGGCAACUUCAACUUUGCAUAGGAGUAAAGGGAAAGGCAAUACGCGAAGAAGAGAACAUGUGUUAGCAGAGAAUCUGCCAGGACCGGAGAGUUGCGUGUAAAAUAUUAAUGUUUACCUAGAAAUCGAUUCAUAAGAGCCAACGCGGGAUAUAACUGUUAUGUCAAUAUUUUCAUAGAGAAUCCGCGUUAGCUCUUGUGAAUUU